AUUAAUAAGGGAGGAAUUGAUAGGCAAAACAAACACGAGAGGCUCGGAGCUGUUCCCAUAAAGAAAAGCGUGAAGCCACGGAAAAGCAGAAGAGAAACAGAAGCAAAGGAAGAAAGAAAGAAAGAUGGCGCAGAAGACUCUCUCUCCCUCUCGACUCAUUCCUUUCAAUCGCACGCUUCUCUCUUUAUUAUCAUAUCCUGAGGGUUUCCAAACGUUUGAAUAGCAGCAGUCCGCCUGCCAACCAGAGAAAGAAAAAGCAGAAAAACGCUUCAUUUCCUCUUUUUAAUACGCCAAAAGGCAAAAGAAAACAGAGCAGCAGCCUGAUAUUGAAAAUGGUGGAGCUGUUGAUAAUGGCGGAGCCUCUGUUUUCCCGUUUUCCCAUAUAAGAAAAGAAGGAAGACCCAUUCAUUCAUUAUUCACUCCCUGCCAAUCCCCCUCUCUCUCUCUUCUCUCUCUCUAAACUGGCCAAGAACUCCCCCUUCCAUUUCUCAUUCAUACUGUUUCUGUGUAUGCCUUAAUUAUUCAACCACACCCCUUUCUCUGUUCACCUCCCCAUCUCCUCCCCUUCCUCCUUUCCUUUCUUUUCUCUUCCCUUUUAUAUAUCUGCAAAUAUCAGAAUUCUUCAUUAUAAAUAUAAACCAUUUUAUCUGUUCUUCAUAGCUCAUAGUUUCAUACCAAUGGCGGUUCAAGCUCAAUACUCUUCAUAUCCCCUGUUCUUGACCAGAGGUGCCCAGAACGGCGGAAGGAACCCAGUUAUAAAUACCGGCGCCGGUGCCGGUGGGGGAGCAUAUCUCGAUCAGACUGAAAUUCUGGUCAAUUAUGGAGUUGUUGAUGCGAAUUCGAGAAAGAGGGGAAGAGAUUACAGUUUUCCGGCGGUGGUCGAUCUCACCGAGCUGCCCACAUCUCCGCCGCCGCCGCCGAAUGUUGUAUCCACCGGCCUCCGUCUGGCUUUCGGCGAACAACAACAGCUGCAACACCGUCAACAUUCUCCGGUUUUCUUCUCGGCCUUGGCAGAAGAUUUAGGUAACCUCAUCAAACAACAACGAGAUGAAAUCGAACUUUAUCUCCGAGCUCAGGGUGGGCAAUUGCGGAGAACAUUGGAGGAGAAGAGGCAAAGAUACUACCGAGCGUUGCUGGGAGCGGCGGAGGAAUCGGCGGUACGGCGUCUGAAGGAGAAAGAUGCGGAUGUGGAAAAGGCUCGGAGGCGCAAUAUGGAGUUAGAAGCGAGGGCGGCGAAGCUGAGCGCGGAGGCGCAGGCGUGGCAGGCCAGGGCGAGGGAGCAGGAGAUCACGGCGGUGGCUCUUCAGGCGCAGCUGCAGCACGCUCUCGUGAACGGCGGCGGCGGAGGAAGAGCAGGCUGCGGCUCCCAUCUGCCUGAGAGGAACGACGGGAGUGGGCAAGGGUGCGCCGGCGGCGAUGCGGAAGACGCCGAGUCGGCCUAUAUCGAUCCGGACAGAGUCGAGGAGUCUGCCGGAACGAGUUGCCGAGCGUGUCAGAAGCGAGUCGCCGCCGUGGUUCUGUUGCCGUGUCGGCAUCUUUGCCUGUGUGUGCAAUGCGACGCCGUUUGUAUGACUUGCCCACUUUGCUACUGCGUCAAAAGCUCCAGCGUUGAGGUUUUCCUUUGUUGAGGCCAACCAUCACUUUGGGUCCCACUCCUUCAACGGCCUAAAUUAUUUUUGAAAAAAAAACGAGCACCACAAAAGGAGAAAAUUAUUACUUCGUACUCCGUAUUAUAUACACAAAGUGAAUGAAGCUAAAAAAGAAUAUGAAUAAAAUUGGGGUUCAAAAUUCAAAUACACUCGGAGUAUAUAUUUUUGUUUAAACUAAUUCAAUUUAGAUUUAUUUUCGAUGCAGAAAAUAAAAUUAUUUUCGGUGUUUCAAUUACUUUCUUCUUGGGAUUGAAGGCAAUAUUUGUACAUUUAAUCGCCUUUGCCAUCUAUAUACACGUAUGUACUAGGCCAUCUAUUACUUAUCCUUUGUACUUUGUAUAAAAUAUCGACCAUUUCCUAUGCCCCCCAACUCCAAUGAUGGAGUGC